AUGAAAAUAAAAUUUAAUUUGUUAAAAGAAAAGUUAACUAAUCAAGGGCUUGAAUUACAAGUUUCUGAAUGUCUCCACGAAAACAAAAUAGUCGAUAAAAUCGUUCUUAAAUCCAUUUAUAAGCCUCUAUCAAAAGACGAAAAUGAUAAACUAUUCAUUGUUAAAAAUAUCCAAAGCAGCGAAAUUAAAUUUGAGCCAAAUACUAGCGAAUUAAUAAUUGAUUCCCCCAGUUUCGUUAUUUUUCCUGCCAAAAUUGAUUUUCUUUUUGCAGCUAAGAAAAUUACCAAAAUUCGACUUUCUAAUUCCAACGAACAAUUUAAAAAAAUAAUUGAAGAAGAUAAAGACGAGUAUUUUUUUAUAAUUAAUAGGAUUAAAAACCAUAGUUUUCUUUCUGCUUCUAGUGGAACGAAAAUGCUUAUUCUUUCGGCAAAUAGUUUUCAAACCUUAGAAAGAAGUACUCUUUUUCACCCCGAACCACUGAAAAUUUUUGUGAGAAGUCCCAAAAACAACAACAAUUAUUAUUUAAUUAAAUGCCAAAGUGAUUUAACUGCAAUUGGCUUAAAAAAUUACAAAAAAAUUAGAAUUAUUUCUCCGGAGAAAAUAAAUGAUGGAGACAUGAUUAAGUUUGACUUAACUAACUUGAAAGAUAUUUUACAACGAGAUGAAGAAGAUGAAAUAUUAAGAAUAGACAACGACUAUCGUUCCUUUACCAAAAUUCAAGAUGGUUCAGUUGUUUCUCCUCAGCAACAAGCUCAAAGAGAUAUUCAAAAACAAAUCAAAAAAUUUCUAAAAAAAUAUCAAAACGAACAAGCGGGAAAAAUAAAUGAUUGCCAAAAAAAUUUAGAAAACGAAAGCGUGCCAAAACAACUCAAGGAAACUUAUCAGGAAAAAACCAAAGAGUGGUUAAUUAAAGUUUAUCAAGAACACCAAAGAAAAUUUGCUAAACAGGAAGUUAAUAAAGACAAUGAAGCCACGGAAAAAGACAAAGCAAUAGAAGAAACUUUGGCCAAAGAAGACGAGCAAUUGAACAAAGGUAAUUACUACAUUAUUGCUGACCACUUACGAACUACGAUUUUUGCCUUGGCUGAUGGUGCUGUUUUUGAACCCAAAGGUCGAGGUUAUAUUUUGAAAAAACUAGUUAAAAGAGCAACCUUGCUCGGUCAUUUUCUUAAAUUUCCUCCCGAGAACUUACUACUAUUUAGCCAAAAAUUGAUUGAAAUUAAUGGUUUGUUCUAUACUCACUUAAAAGAAAACCAAAACUUAAUUCUUAACAAUUUAAAAAAAGAAAUCAAUCGCAACUUCAAAUUUAUCCAAAAUUCCACCCAAAAAAUUACUCAAUAUUGUCAAAAAAGCCCGCAAAAAUUGAUUCCUGCCGAAAAAAUCUUCUUUUGGUACGAUACGGCAGGCGUGCCUUUGGAAUUGAUUGAACACCAUUUAAGUCAAAAAAGAUACAGUUUUUCGCAAACAGAAUUUAAUAAAUUGCUUGCGGAACAAAAAAAACGCGGUCAAGAAGACCGUGCAAAAAAGGAAGUAGCAGCAUUCUAA